CAACACCACUUUUACUUCUCGGACUUGUUCAUGUCAACGAACUUCGCCUCUCAGAAACGAUCGAAAAGCAGGCCCGUUGAUCUGCCCGGUUUCACUGGAAAGGCGGACCGCCUCGGUCUCGACAAGACCGUCGUCAAGAAACGCAAACAGGCUGCGACUGGAGUCAAGCAAGAAGAGCCCCGACGAAAGAAACCUCGCUCGGAGCAAAAGAGAGGCAAAAGAGUGUCUCAGGAGAGUGGAGAUGCUAGACUACCGGUCGAUCGACCUUCGUCCGAGGUAGCGACUUGCAGCGCAGAGCUGGCGGUAAAUAAAGCAGAACUGGCGGGCAUCGAAACCGACGGGGAGCCUAAGCCGGACGAGGUAAAGGCCGAGAUGUCGGAAAGCGAUCAUUCCUGUCGACGCACGCUGACGGAUUUGCCAGUCGAGCUCUUGCUUCAAAUCCAUGAACUCGCUGGUUCUUCCGACUUGCCUUGCGUCAGCCGUUACAUUCAUGCUGCUCUGAGCGACCAUACGCCCUUACAAGCGGUACAAUGGUUGGCAAAUCGAUAUGGCGCUCAAGGAUCUCAACGCUUCCUCUCCCUUGCACUCCGUCACCCCAUUUGCGACUACGACCUGGUGCAACUCAUCAAUUACCAUUGGGAAGAGCUGGUGCUGUGGCAUAGGGCAGACUUCGAGCCGAGACCCAUUAUUUCUCCAUUUGGCAAGGCGUUGCUACCCAUGUACAGCGAUCCGCUGUCCAUACGCAAUUAUCCGCUAGGAAGACUCCCUUGCGACAGCGUACCGCGCCGCGUCUUGCGUAUCCCACCGAAGGAAGGCGAUGAAGCCAGACCAGACGCCUUGGCCUGCUACAUCUUAUCAAAAUACGUUGUCAGCGAGAAGGUCCUAUCCUAUGGCAUACGUCAUGCUGUCUAUACAAACCAGGCGGGUUGGGCCCGCUCGUUUAUCGGAUAUGGGGGGAAUCCAUUCGACAAGGGCGGUCUAGCCUUGGAGAUAGCAAUGCGAAGAGGAGAUCUGGACAUGGUUCGAGAUCUCGUCGAGACGCAUAUCGCCACGACAGGGUGCCGGCGUAAAAUGCAGACCAAUGCCGCCGUCAUAACGGACGAGAUCAAGGCGUUGAUUCUCAAAUUCGCCACGAGGGAGAUCCUGGAUUACUUUGUCAAGGAACGAAAAGUCAAGCUGAGCCUCGGUUCGAUCUUGGCAUUAUGAAGCGACACGACAGAAUGUGGAGGGGAAAUCUAUCGACCCUACCUGAUGACGAUCUGAACGAUGUAUCCACAGUUUUAUUUGUUUGUACCACCUGACCCAUGUAUGCACAUUUUUCGCCGACGUCACGUUGCAGUCGACCGAUAUUUCCUAAG